AUGAAGUUCAUGUAUAUGCUUUCUGGGUGGGAGGGUUCUGCACACGACGCACGAGUUCUUGAAUCAGCACUUGAAACGCAAGAAAAGAAAUUCCCUAUCCCUCCACCAGGAAAAUUUUAUUUAGUAGACUCCGGUUACGCUAACACAGGUUGUUUCCUAGCUCUUUAUCACGGUUGUACGUACCACUUGCAAGAGUAUAGGGCUCGUCGAGGUCGACCUCGAAGUGAGCAGGAGUUAUUUAACUACACUCAUUCAUCGCUUAGGAAUUGUAUUGAGCGGACGUUCGGGGUGUGGAAAGCGAGGUUCCGCAUUCUAAAGAUAAUCAACAAUUACCCGAUAAAGAAACAAGCGAGAAUACCUAUUGCUUGCACUGUGAUACAUAACUUCAUAUGUAUGUAUCAACAUGAUGACAAUUUCAUAAAUCAAUGCUUACAAGAUAGGGUACCGGUAAGUGAAAUUGACUCCCUGAACGUGGAUGAGGAUGUCAAUCAAAAUCAUAACCCAGAUCGGAGUAUGGAAGGAUCAAGAAACACCGCGAGUCAAAGGGAGAUGGGUCCUAUGAGGGAUGAAAUAGCGAGAACUAUGUGGCAGGCGCAUGGUGGAAAUAACAAUCAAACACGUAUCAGUUACCAUAUAUGA